AUGCAGUUGCAUCGGUUCGAAUAUGAAUCUGUAGAAUGGCUGUUACUAUCUGGCCAAGAAACCAUUUUAAUUGGAUGUGGAUUGCCUCGACUUAACCUUCAUAUACCACCAACUGGCCACACAUUGAUUCCGGAUGUAUUUCGCACACUUCCUUGGGCAACGAUUGAUCUGAUUCUUGUUUUCUCGUUUCAGGACAUUACUGGUUUACCCUUUGCUUUGAUGUAUACAGCAUUUCAAGGAGAUGUGGUUUGCAGUGAACCAACAGCUGAUUUUGGAAGGUUACGCACAUUAGAAUGGUUGUCAAGAUGUAGGAAUAGAAAGAAUAUAAUGGGUCCAAAAAUGCUUGGAUGGGAUGUAGAUCUUCCAUUUACAGAAACCGAUGUCCAUCGCAGUUUUGACAAGAUUACUCGAGUCCGCUUUGGGGAAAAAUUGCAUUUAGGAAACAUUCAUGUAUGUGGACAGAGCUCUGGAGUUGUUCUUGGUUGUACAGCAUGGAUCGUGCAAGUAGACAAUUUCAAAAUUGGAUUUGUAGGUGAUUUGAGUUUAUCUGAAGGAAUUCCUAAACGAGCCGAUUUAGCCGGUUUUGAUGCAUUAGAUUGUGUGGUUUCAACAGCCAAUACCACUCCCAGGAAAUACUUUCAUCGACUUGCAAAAGCAAUUAAUCAAAUCUGGAUAAAAAUUCUCAAAGUGAUGCAGAAUACUAAGCGUUUAUUUUUAUUUUCAGACAAGGCAUUGAGUGACCAUGCUGCAAUCGUGUUUAUUAGUGAUUUAUGCGGUCAUAUGUUUGAUUUAGUCGAAUUGGUUGAUCGACUACUUUGUGCUGGAGGAUUUGAUCAAACUGCCAUUCAUAUGUUGUCAGCACAUGCCAAGGAAGCUUUUAUCUAUGCCAAUAUUCAAGGAGAAUGGAUGUCUGAUUUGAGAAAAACACAAUUGGCUACAGCAUCACAGCCAUUGUCUUCUGCCACGCUAGAAAACAAGAUGCGACUUGUAUAUCAUUCUGACGUGAUGUCGGUUGCCAGACAACCAAAUCCGAAAUUGGUUAUUGCAACAGAUAUUCAAUUAGCUAUAUCGGCGGCAGAGUUGCUUGAUUCAACCAGAGUACAUGAUUGGUCUCCAGCAGAUGUGAUUGACUGGAUGCCAUUGUUGUUAUGUCCGACAGAAUUAGCCAUGACAAGUUUGGAGGUACAACACGCUGCCAGCCAACUUCAUAUACGCUGUUUGAUACUAUCCAAACAAGAUAUUCCAUCGACAGGUCUAAGUAUUUCUCCACAACACGAGCAAAUGCGCUACUGCACGAUCGACGGAAGUCAUUUUAUGCAGAUUGCGUCGCACACGGGAUGGAGUAAUACUCUAUUUACACCGAGCAAAAGACAUGCGAUUGCCAAACCGAUCGUUGGAUUCCUUAAAGGCAAAAUGCAUCUGGGAACAUCCAAAGUGAUAGCAACGUCAUCUGGAAAGAUGUACGGAGACGAUGAAGCACUACGAGAUCCCAAACACCGACAAGAGCUGAUUCAGACACUUACUGAAAAGGUAAAUUUGUAA